AAACAGUCUGUCAAAAACAGCAGAGAAAAAAUAAGCCAAAAUUUGUAACUUUUUCAUUCCACGUCAUUUUGUAGGAAAUCGUACAAAAACAAUUGAUUUCACUCAUUCCAAUGGGCGCAAAUACCAACUAAUUGUGUUACCCGCAAAUUAUCCCAUGUGCCUACGUUAAAGAAAAAAACCCGUCCUUCCCGUCUGCAGGAUCCCUCUCGUCCGCCGUUCCCCGCUGCAGACGCAACGCAAACGACAACAACAUCCAACAAAAGAGGAGCCCUUCCUUUGGGGGGUGGCGUUUAAUGGGUGUUUCGGUUGGUGUGGUGCUACGGUAGCGCGAUUAUGCGAUGCAAUCAAGGGCAAGACGUCGUUACGGUGCUGACGAUACGGGUGACUCAUUCGCUGUAAUAACGAUCGGCUCGGACGGAGCAGCAACUUCCGCCUCGUCAUCGGGCACUAGCCAGCACCACCACCAGCGAGUGGAAGACGACAUCCCCGAGAAGCCCAAAUAUCCGGCCCCUAGUUCGGCCACCAGCUGGUUACCAGCGCUGUCGCAGCGAAUCUUUGCCUCGGUUGCACCCGCACCGACCAAUCCCGCACCAAGGAACGCUUGGAACGAGCCACCACCGAAGCAGCAGCAACAGGGCUUUUGGGCGAGUGAAGGCCAACGGGAGGAGGAGGAGGACGAGGACGACGAUCUUCUCGGUAAGAACAGUGCACUGCCGGAGUUCACGAUGACGGCGCGGGACCGUUCCGGUGAGUUUGCGAGCGCAAUCCGGUCGCUCCAGGGCCGCAACAUCCAGCGGGCAGUGAACCUGAAAGACCCGCGCAAGGCCAAGCACAUGCAGAGCUACGCGGAGUUUAUGAUGAUUGCCAAGCACAUUGGCAAAAACAUUGCCAGCACGUACACCAAGCUGGAAAAGUUGACGCUACUGGCUAAGAAGAAGACGCUUUUCGACGACCGGCCAGCCGAGAUACAGGAGCUGACGUACAUCAUCAAGGGCGACCUGAACUCGCUCAACCAACAGAUCGCCCGCCUGCAGGAGGUUUCGAAAUCGCAACGAAGGUCCACCAGCAACGGCAAGCAUUUGCUUUCACAUUCCUCCAACAUGGUGGUGGCGCUGCAGGCCAAGCUCGCCAACAUGAGCUCCGACUUCAAGCAGGUGCUGGAGGUGCGGACGGAAAACUUGAAGCAGCAGAAAACGCGACGGGAUCAGGUACGGCCGGGCAAAAAAGGCAGCUUCCAGCUUCACCAGACAAUCAUUUCAUUUUCGCUCCUCCCCUUUUGCACCAUUUUACAGUUCAGUCAAGGUCCGAUGGCCGGUGGAUUGCCACCGUCGACGAUGCGCGGCUCAACGCAGGGCAGCUUGCUGCUACAGGAGCAGCAGGAUCAGGUGUGCAUCGAUAUGGGUGGCGCCGGCACGUCUGGUGGAUCGUCGUCCGAACGGGCGCCGUUGCUACAGCAACAGCAGCAGCAGCAGCAGCUGGUGCUGUACGAUGAGUCCGACAGCUACGUGCAGGAGCGGGCCGAAACGAUGCAAAACAUCGAAAGCACGAUCGUGGAGCUGGGUGGCAUCUUUCAGCAGCUGGCCCACAUGGUGAAGGAGCAGGAGGAGAUGGUCGAACGGAUCGAUAGCAAUCUGCAGGACGUGGAGCUGAACGUGGAGGCGGCCCACGGGGAAAUUCUCAAAUACUUCCAAUCGGUCACGAAGAACCGUUGGCUGAUGAUCAAGAUCUUUGGCGUGCUGAUACUGUUUUUCAUCUUUUUCGUUAUCUUCCUGGCGUAGUGUGGGUCUGAAGGGGUGGUGAUGGUUUUUGGUCGAUUAUUGCGCUCACGGGAGCACGCACACACACACCAUUGUAUAGUUGAAUUUUGUUCUAUUUUUAGUAACAAUUUUUAUCCCAUUCUCCCCACACGUUGGCUUGAUGAAUCCCGGGGAGCGACUGCAGGCGUCCUUCUGUUUUAUUCUGGCAUAUUAUAUCCUAGAACCUAGUGGCUUUUUGGCUUAGCGAAUACGAAUGCGAAGUGCUAACGAAUCCGGGGCUGGGCAGAAGUAAGUGUGGAGCUGUUACAUUUGGGGGGGCGAGUGGACGGACGAAGAUUGUGUAUUACCGAAAUCAAUUGUUUGUAUAUAGAAAGUGGUGAGGUACGGCCGGGCGGAACAUGUAACACACGUUGUCCUACGGGAGCAAAACAAUAUAAUAUAUAAAUUAAAUCAUUUUAAACACAA